AGCCACCAAUUAAGAAAGUGUUUAAGCUCAAUAUCUAACUAUCUUAAAUUCUAAUUACUGAACUUCUAACAUCACAUUGGACUAAUCUGUUACUUAAUAGAAGCAGUAAUGUGAUUAUGAGUCACAUAAAGACAUCCUCCAUUGCAUAAGCUUACAUCAGACCAGAAUAACCCAUUGACACUUAACAACCUAAUAUUAAUAAACAAUAUAAUAAGCAAUCUGUUAUUUAUACUGUUAACCCAACACAAGUAUGCUCUAAGGAAAGAUCACAAAAAGUAAAAGGAACUCGGUAAAUCAUACUCCUCCUGUUUACCAAAAACAUCACCUCUAGCAUUACCAGUUUAGAGGCGCUGCCUGCCCAGUGAUAUAUGUUUAACAGCCGUGGUAUCCUGACCAUGCAAAGGUAGCAAAAUCACUUGUUCCCUAAAUAAGGACUGGUAUGAAUGGCGACACGAGGGUUCAGCUGUCUCUUACUUUUAAUCAGUGAAAUUGACCCAUCCGUGAAGAGGCGGAUAUAAACAAAUAAGACCAGAAGACCCUGUGGAGCUUUAAUUCAUUACUGCAAAUAACUCAAUCCUACAGAGCCUACCCUAGUAUCCCUGCAUUAAAAAUUUUGCUUGGGGUGACCUUGGAGCAUAAUUCAACUCCGAACAACCUAAACUAAGACCGCACUAGUCUAAGCGAAUUAAUGCACAUUGACCCAAUAAUUUGAUCAACGGAAUAAAUUACCCUAGGAAUAACAGCGCAAACCUAUUCUAGAGUCCAUAUCGACAAUAGGGUUUACGACC